AUGGAUAGAUGGAUGGAUGAUUCGUUGACUCUUUCGCGAGGAGCAUCAAAUACAAUUAGAUAUGCAAUGGAUAGAGAAAGAGAAGAACAAGUUGAGAGAAUAUUCUUUAUAGCCAGUUUAACAUUACAUGGUUUUACUGCAUUGGCAUUGACAUUGGCAUUGAACCAUCAAAGAAGAUAUAGAUCAAACUCUUCCAAACAAAAAACUACACACAAAGAAUCAGAUCCAUUGAUUCCACCCGACCAACAAGGCUCUGCUAAAUUAAUUACCACUGUCAAGAGAAAUAUUACCCUUCCCGAAAUCAUCUUUUUAUUAUGUUUUAUUUGUUUCUUAACUUUUCUUUAUGUUGAAAUUGUAGAGGAAAAUACAGUUUUUUAUUAUAUUUUAUUGGGAUUCUUUAUACUUCAACAUAUUCCAAUUCUAAUUUUAGUAUUGAUGAUUAGUUUUACAAGAUCUGGAGGUGAAGGUCCAACCUUUAAAAGUAGAAUAUUUUUAAUUUUGGGUGCCAUUUUCAAUAUUAGCAAUUAUCUUCCAUUAUUUGUUUGGUCAAAAUAUUUACCCGGAGGAUGUCCAUUAUAUGUAUUUAGUUUUGUUGAUUUAAUUCAAAUAUUUGAUUUUGCAUCACUUUUAUUCUUCUUUUUAUUCUUGCGAUCAGAAUAUGUUAGAAAUGUUGAAGAAUGUAUUUGGACUGCUGUCAGUCAAAUUCAAGAUACAUUUGAUUUUAGAUUAUUCUAA